AAAUAUUUUAGCUAUAACUAUAAGUCUCACACACUUCACUCUACACUUCAGAAAAAUUCUCUUUAAAAUCUUUAAAAUCUUUUGUUAUUUUUCUCUGCUUGAUCAUCAGCUAUGGCUGCUACCAUCUCCACCGUCGGAGUUGUCAACAGAGCUCCGCUGGCCUUGAAUGGCUCCGGAGCUGGAUCCUCUGUCCCAACUUCAGCUUUCUUCGGCAACAGCCUGAAGAAAGUGAACUCAGCAAGGUUCUCCAAGAUUUCAGGAAGCAGCUUUAAGGUUGUUGCGGAGGCCGAUGAGGAAAAACAAACUUCUAAAGACAGAUGGGGCGGUCUUGUCACCGACAUGUCCGAUGAUCAGCAAGAUAUCACCAGAGGAAAGGGUAUGGUUGACUCUCUCUUCCAAGCUCCCCAAGAUGCUGGAACUCACUAUGCUGUCAUGAGUUCUUACGAAUACAUGAGUACCGGUCAACGCAAUUACUUGGACAACAACAUGGAUGGUUUCUACAUUGCUCCUGCUUUUAUGGACAAGCUUGUUGUUCACAUCACCAAGAACUUCAUGACCCUGCCUAACAUCAAGGUUCCUCUUAUUUUGGGUGUCUGGGGAGGCAAAGGACAAGGAAAAUCCUUCCAAUGUGAGCUUGUCUUUGCCAAGAUGGGAAUCAACCCAAUCAUGAUGAGUGCCGGAGAAUUAGAAAGUGGAAACGCUGGUGAACCCGCGAAGCUCAUCAGGCAAAGGUACCGUGAGGCAGCGGAUAUUAUCAAAAAGGGAAAAAUGUGCUGCCUAUUCAUCAACGAUCUCGAUGCUGGAGCUGGUAGAAUGGGAGGAACUACACAAUAUACUGUCAACAACCAGAUGGUCAAUGCUACACUCAUGAACAUUGCUGAUAACCCGACCAAUGUUCAACUUCCCGGUAUGUACAACAAGGAAGAGAACCCUCGUGUUCCCAUCAUCGUUACCGGUAACGAUUUCUCUACAUUGUAUGCUCCUCUUAUCCGUGAUGGUCGUAUGGAGAAAUUCUAUUGGGCACCUACUAGGGAUGACAGAAUUGGUGUGUGCACUGGAAUCUUCAAAACUGAUAAUGUUCCUCAAGAGGGCAUUAUCAAGGUUGUUGAUACCUUCCCCGGUCAAUCCAUCGAUUUCUUCGGUGCGUUGAGGGCGAGAGUUUACGACGAUGAGGUGAGGAAGUGGAUCGGGGGAGUCGGAGUGGAGAAAAUUGGAAAAAGCCUUGUGAACUCGAAGGAAGGACCGCCGACAUUCGAGCAACCAAAGAUUACCGUUGAGAAGCUCCUUGAGUAUGGAAACAUGCUUGUUCAAGAACAAGAUAAUGUGAAGAGAGUCCAAUUGGCUGAAAAAUACUUGAACGAGGCUGCUCUUGGUUCAGCCAACCAAGAUGCCAUUGAUAGUGGAAAUUUCUACGGUAACGCUGCUCAGCAAGUACAUAUACCAGUUCCUGAAGGCUGUACCGACCCGAAUGCUAAGAACUUUGACCCGACUGCUAGAAGUGAUGAUGGAAGCUGCAGUUAUUCAUUGUGAGGCCUUUUUAUUAGGAUUUCCAAAAUAUUUGUCUGUGGAAGGAUAAUUCCUUUCCAAUUCGAUGUGGGAUAAUCAACUUUAUUUUUGUUUGCCCUGUGUCUUUUGCAUGGAUUAAUGUUGUCCUCUAAUUUUGUGUAAUAUUUACAUUUUUCAAUUUUAAUUAAAUGUGCUUUGUUUUCUGUUUUCA